AUGGAGACGAAGGUUCAUUGCAUGGGUGAUAGUUGUUGGAGAACGAUUUUGAACGAGCCUGGUUUCCCGCUUGUGCUAAAGCAGGUCAAUGGACAAGUUGUGAGUGGUUGUGUUAACUGGUUAGGACUUGACAAGUUGAAUUGUCGUAAUGGUGAGUGGGGCGCUGCCGAUGUUACUCUCCAGCAGUUGGUAGUUGUUUCCUUUGACUUGCGUGAGGAGGAAUUUAGAUUGUUGUCGCUGCCUGAGGGUGUUAGUUGUGAGGUGCCUCAUGAUGAGUCGAACCUUGGGGUUUUGAGGAAUUGUCUGUGCCUUUUUCAUGACCAUAAGAGAACGCAUUUUGUUGUGUGGCAAAUGAGGGAGUAUGGAGUUCGGGAGUCUUGGACUCGGUUGGUGAGUGUCAGUUAUGAGCAUCUUCGAUGUGAUGGCUUUCCGUCUCUUCGGCCGCUGAUGUCCUUGAGUGAAGAUGGUGGUGACAUCCUGUUGCUUGUAACAUAUCAGGAUAUGGAGGCUGUGACGAUCAUGUAUAAUCUUAAAGAUAAUAGUGUGAAAUGUAUUCAACUUCCCAACAACAAACCUUUUUUGAAUGACAAUGAAUGGAGACAAAGAAUUCUUUCAUUUGAAAGUGAAAAGGAUGAGCUUGAAUCUAAACUCUCCAUUCUCAGUGGGGAUCUUGAAAGCUUGAUUAUGGAACAAAGUGCAGUUCAAGGGUCCAAAUGUUCAUCAAUUCCCUUGGACACACAGAAUGAGUUGGGGAAGCGAAUAGUGGCUUGUUGCUCUGAAGAGAACUGCCAAGUUACAGAAAAUAGCAAGCAUAAUUAG